CCUCCUCCUCCUCCGACCACCUCGAGCGCCGAUGGAUCCCUGCCCCUUCGUGCGCCUCACGGUGGGCAGCCUCGCCCUCAAGAUCCCCGUCGCCGCCAAGCCCGCCCGCUCCGCCGUCCACCCCUCUUCCUCCCCUUGCUUCUGCAAGAUCAAGCUCAACACCUUCCCCCUCCAGACCUCCCUCGUCCCCUACCUCCCCCCCGACUCCCCCCACGACGGCGCCUCCUCCCCCCCUACCCCCGGUGCCGUCGGCGGGGGCGGCGCCACCUUCCACCUCAGCAAGUCCGACCUCGACAGGCUCGCCGGGAAGUCCAUCUUCUCCGGCAAGGUCUGCCUCAAGGUCUCCGUUUACACGGGCCGGCGCGGGGCGACCUGCGGGGUCAGCUCCGGGAGGCUGCUCGGGAAGGUCUCCGUGCCCCUGGACCUCGCCGGCGCCGAGUCCAGGGCCUGCGUGUUCCACAGCGGGUGGAUCAACGUGGGCAAGGGGACGAAGGGGUCGUCCUCGGCUCAGUUCCACUUGAACGUCAGGGCCGAGCCCGACCCUCGCUUCGUGUUCCAGUUCGACGGGGAGCCCGAGUGCAGCCCCCAGGUGUUCCAGAUACAGGGCAACAUCCGGCAGCCCGUCUUCACCUGCAAGUUCAGCUUCAGGUCCAACAAUGGCGACCACCACGCUCAGCGAUCGAGAUCACUUCCACUGGAGCCGAGCUGCUCGAGAAGCUGGUUGAGCUCGUUCGGCAGCGAGCGAGAGAGGCCCGUCAAAGAACGCAAAGGCUGGUCCAUCACGGUCCACGACCUGUCCGGCUCCCCCGUGGCCGCCGCAUCCAUGGUCACCCCCUUCGUCGCCUCCCCGGGCUCCGACCGGGUCAGCCGCUCCAACCCCGGCUCGUGGCUCAUCCUCCGGCCGGGCGACGGCACGUGGAAGCCCUGGGGCCGCCUCGAGGCCUGGCGCGAGCGCGGCGCCUCCGACAGCCUCGGCUGCCGCUUCGAGAUCAUCCCCGACUCGGCCGGCGCCGGCGUGGUCGUCUCGGAGACGACCCUGAGCUCGAGGAGCGGCGGCAGGUUCCUGAUCGACCUGGGCGGGAACGGCGGUGGCAACGGCAACGGCAACGGCAACGGCUCGGGCGGGAACAACGGGCGGGCGACGCCGGGGAGCGCGGGGUCGCCGGCGUGCAGCCCCCGGAGCAGCGGGGACUUCGGGCACAGCCUGUGGCCCUACUGCGCGUACAGGGGGUUCGUGAUGGCGGCCGGGGUGGAGGGGGAAGGGAAGUGCAGCAAGCCGACGGUGGAGGUGAGCGUGCAGCAGGUGGGGUGCACGGAGGACGCGGCGGCCUUCGUGGCGCUGGCGGCCGCGGUGGACCUGAGCAUGGACGCGUGCAGGCUGUUCACGCAGCGGCUGAGGAAGGAGCUGUGCCAGACCGUCGACUCCUCGUCGUCGUUUUAGCGUUGGGGGACGGGCGGGGGGCGGGGGCCAUGUCCGGUUGAGAACGUCGCUUCCAUUUUU